AUGACGGACACCCCCCAGAGUGGCGCCAUUGGAAACGAGAACCUCAGGCCGAAGAUGAACGGAGCACCAGACGACAAUUCUCGGCCGGCGUCGUUCGUUUCCGCCGUCUCAUCCCAGCUUCAGACCACAGACACGCCAGCCAGCAGCGCCACCCAGACUACCGCAGGUGCUGAACGAGAAGAGGAGGAAUGGACACCACCUACCAAUGGCCCGUUGAAGACCCCAAUCCCGAAGCAUUCACGACACAGCAAGAUCGCGCCACAGCCCAAGCUCACAGCCGAGCAAGAGUCGAAAUAUACCACAGUCCUGGAACAGGUGUCACAAUGGACAACAAUUCCUACCUCGACUGCCAAGGGUGCCCCGCAGGCACCGCUUGAGGAGCACGAGCGAAUGUUCUUGACACGAGAGUGUCUGCUCAGAUACCUACGUGCGACCAAGUGGAAGCCGGUCGAUGCUGUACGGAGGUUGCAAGAGACACUGAGCUGGCGAAGAGAAUAUGGCGCAGACACGUUCACACACGACUACAUCAGUCCCGAGAACGAGACGGGAAAGCAAGUACAGCUUGGCUUUGACAAUGAUGGGCGUCCAUGCCUAUACCUCAACCCUGGAAAGCAGAACACCAAAAUGUCGGACAGGCAGAUACACCAUCUAUGCUACAUGCUCGAUCGGACUAUCGAUAUGAUGCCGGCAGGUGUGGAGAACAGCGCGCUCAUCAUCAACUUCCAGGGCGCUGCUAGUGGCACUGUCCCGUCAGUCGGUCAAGCAAGGGCAGUUUUGAACAUUCUCCAAGGACACAACCCUGAGCGUCUAGGCAAAGCAUUGAUCAGCAAGACUCCGUGGUAUGUGAACACCUUUUUCAAGCUCGUUAGUCCUUUCAUCGACCCUGUGACGAGGGAGAAGAUGAAGUUCAACGAGGACCUCCGAAAAUACAUUCCUGUCGAGCAGCUCUGGAAAGAUGAUGGUGGUGACCUCAACUUCGAGUACGACCAUGCAGUUUACUGGCCUGCAUUUGACGAGGAGUGUAAGAAGCGACGAGAGUCAUACCGAAAGCGAUGGGAGGAGGGCGGCAAGAAGCUCGGCGAGUAUGAGGAAUACCUACGAGGAGGCAGCCAGUCUUCUCUUCAGCAAAUAUCAGGGCAAGCAGACGAGGCUGCUACACAACCGCAGAGCCAGGACGCUGACAUGGCGGCUGAAGGAGCGGCCAAGUUGACGGUUUAG